GACCGGAAGUUGGGAACCACACAUGGAUAGCCACUAGCCAGGCAUGGAUAGCCUGACUACUGGGUUGUGUCAUUUUCUUUUUUUUUUCUUUUCAUUUCAGAGCUGUGGUAGACUGGUAGGUUGGUAGCUGUUACUGAAAAACUAAGAGAAGGCAGGACGGGGAAAGGAGAUGGAGCUCAACAGCAUCCCCUAUAUUGCGUCGUGGUCUUCCUCCUCGAGCUGCUUCUACUACAGCUACAGUCGCUGCGCCUGCAGAGGUACAAGAGAUGGGAAGCUGGUAACAAAAGCUUCUGCAGCUGGUCGUAAGCGUGCUGCUGAUUCAGUAUGUUCACAACUCUCUGAGCAGGGAACUGAAGAUUCCAUUUCAGGUCCUAGAUCUUCCUGGCGUAUAAGGAGGAGAGACCUUGCUUCUGCCAUUUUACUCCCUUUUCUGAUUCCUCGUGUUAACAUCUCUAUCGCGGCUGAGAUAUACGACGCAUCAAUUAUUCGAAGUGGUGUGAGGAGUGUUUUAACCAAGGGCAAGGCUGCUGGUGUGCUUCGGUUGGUUUUCCAUGAUGCAGGGACUUUUGAAAUUGGGGACGGAUCAGGUGGCAUGAAUGGCUCUAUAAUUUAUGAAGUUGACAGGCCUGAAAACAUUGGCCUAAAUAGAUCCAUAAAGAUACUAAGAAAAGCAAAAGAAGGAAUCGACAACGUUCAGAAAGUGUCGUGGGCGGAUCUGAUUGCCGUGGCUGGCGCUGAGGCAGUUGCGCUCUGUGGCGGGCCUGAGAUUCCAGUAAGGCUAGGAAGAGUAGAUUCUAGCAGUGCUGACCCUAGUGGUAAACUUCCUGAAGAAACAUUGGACGCAGCUUCCUUGAAGACAUUAUUCAGCAAGAAGGGCUUUUCGGCGCAGGAGCUGGUUGUUUUGUCGGGAGCGCACACGAUUGGAGGGAAAGGGUUCGGGAGUCCAGUUGUUUUCGACAACACCUAUUUCAAGGUGCUGCUCGAUAAUAGGCCGCCGCAGACAUCUUCGACUGGCAAUGGCAUGGCGGCGAUGGUUGGGCUGCGCACGGACUGGGCGCUCACUGAAGACGACGAGUGCUUGAGAUGGAUCAGGAUCUACGCAGAGGACCAAGCUAGGUUCUUCGACGACUUCAGGGACACGUACAUCAAGCUCGUAGACAGCGGAGCCUCGUGGAGAACAGCUUGACUAGAACUGCCUGUUUCUCUACAGUGUUAGGCCUUGUUCGGUUAUAAGGGAAUAAAUCCCACCAUGGAUUUAAUCCGGAUCUGGAUUGGGUGAAUCCAUAUGUCACACCCAAUCCUAUGGUGGGAUUAAAUACACCAUUUAAUCCAUGUAUCUCUUAAAACUAGUUAUUCUUUUGAUUCAUGGAUUCUAAUAUAAACUUGUGCAACAUCUUCAUGGA